AUUUAAGAGUGGAGGUUAUCCGGGUUCUGCAAAUAGUGACAGCGCUGAGCCAUGGCCCGGCUCUUCUACAGGACUUGGAUGCUUCCGGGUGCGGCUCCACCCCUUGGAUCCACGUGGUGGGCAGCGUUCCGCGCAGGUCCUGCGUGGGCACUUCCAGAGUUGGAAUGGCGGGUACCGGGACCUGCGGUGCCACUCGGUUCUCCUGCCCUCCCCACUUCACGGAGAUGUCUCCAGACUCGGAUCCCGCCCGUUUCUCCUUGGAGGCGCUUACAGGUCCAGAUACAGAACUGUGGCUUAUCCGAGCCCCUGCAGACUUCGCCCCACAAUGUCUCAAUGGGCGGCGUGUACCUCUUUCUGGUUCCAAGACUGUUAAGGGCAAACUGGAUGGCAAGAAGCACCGAUACCGGGUAUUUACCAGCAGUCCCCAGGCCGGAGAAGCCACCUUGCUCGCGUCUUCAUCGGAGGCAAGUGGCAGACUCACCUGCGCCCCGGCCCCCAGUGGGAGCUUAAGGAUCAUGGAGGGUCCUCAAGAAUAUCUUAUCUCUCGGGUCCCCCUGCAGCUGAUCCCUGCAAGUCUGCCACCUCAGAUCCCUACGGGCCUGCGGCCUCGCUUCUCCGCCUUCGGAGGCAGCCCUCCAGUCACGGGGCCAGGUUCAGCCUCGGCUAAGAGGAAAAGUACGAGAAAGGGUGCAGAGGCCUCAGACACUCAGGAGGCUGUGAACAGGCACGGGGCCAUGGAAGUGAAAACAGCCUUGGGUAACCUAGGAGUGGGUGUGAAGAAGAGAAAGAGGUAUUACAUGCAGGAGAUGGAGGCCAAGACAAUGGAGCCCGUGGCAGAGCUGGCAGAGUUGCCAGUCCCAUCUGCCACCAGCAGCAAGAAGAGGAAGAAGUCCAAGGGGACAGAGACAUCCCAGAUGGAGCAUACAGAACCUGUGGCUCAAACAGAGCCUCCUGAGGGGACCUUCCUGUCCCUCACCAAAAAGAGAAAGAGGCAGAAGGAAGCUGAAGGGACAGAGGAAGUGGACGGUACCGUGGCUGACUCUCAGCCACAGGUCAUUGUGGAAGCCCAGGAGGAAAUCAUCCUACUGUCCCCCACAAAGAAGAGGAAAAAGGAAAAGAGACAAAAUUUGGGGAUGGAGGCAGAGAUGGGGCCCCCUGGAGUACUCAUGGUGACCGAACAUUCAGAACUUGAUCUUCAGGCUGAAGUAGCUCUUGUGUCCCCCAAGAAGACAAAGAAGAAAAAGGGAAAGUGGCUGGGCGAGACAGAGGCUGCACUUCUAGAUGACUUUGAGCCCCAGGGGGCUCUAGCACCCAGCAAGAAAAAAGAGAGAGGCGCACGCCUUUGAUCUCAACACUGGGCUGGCAGAGGCAGGCAGAUUUCUGAG